AGAAUCGCUUUCCAUCCCACUUCACAUCCCACUUCACAUCCCACUCUCACCACCCCAGUCCGUUCACCCCCCUCCUUUUUUUAAAGAACCCCGCCAAAAAGAGGGAAAAAAAAAGGAAUUAUACGACAACAUGACGGAAGCAUUCCCUCGCUCCGAUUCGGGGUCGGUCUCGUCAUCGGACAAUGAAGAAGACAACUGGCUCAACAAGCCCGGCGAUGAGGACGACGACGAGGAGCAGGAGCGGAUUUCCAUCGUCUCCCUGCUCGACGACAAGGUCUUUUCUGAUGCGCCAUCAAUGUUGGCGUACUGCAAGGACAAGUUCGGGUUCGACUUUCUCGCCGUUCGGGACCGGCUGGGCUUGGAUUUCCACGGCUGUGUGAAACUUAUCAACCUGGUUCGGAAGGGUGUCAAGUCGGGCACUUCGCUGCCAACGGAGAUCACGGCGGACCACCUAGCCGACGACUCGCUGCUCAUCCCCGUGCUGGAGGAUGACGCGCUGAUUUUCUGCCUGGACGAGCUGCCCGAGCUUGGGCAGGGCCAGGCGGACGCCGGUGCUGCGGCCGAGGGCAAGGAGGCGCUGGCGGGCACCAAGGCCCCCGCCGUGGACGAGCUCUUGCACAAGAACGCCCAGAUGCAGGCCGAGCUGGAGGACCUCACCAAGCAGUUCACCAACUACCGGCUGGCGGUCGAGCAGACGCUCGACAAGCGCUGGGGCGUGGACGAGGAGGCCGACAAGGCCGGGGCUUCUAAGCCGGGUGCUGUUGCUGCCCCUGCUGAUGCCGAGGAGCCAGUCAGGGACGACUCGGCCUAUUACUUUGAGUCGUACGACCACAGCGACAUCCACGAGACCAUGAUCAAAGACGCGGUGCGCACCAACGCCUACCGCGACUUCAUCUACGCCAACAAGCACCUGUUCGCGGGCAAGACCGUCCUCGACAUCGGGUGCGGCACGGGGAUCCUGUCCAUGUUCUGCGCGCGGGCGGGGGCGGCACGCGUGAUCGCGGUGGACAACAGCGCGAUCCUGGACAAGGCGCGGGAGAACGUGUUCCGCAACGGGCUCGACGGGGUCAUCACGUGCGUGCGCGGGCGCAUCGAGGACGUGGUGCUGCCCGUCGACGCCGUCGACGUCAUCGUGUCCGAGUGGAUGGGCUACUGCCUGCUGUACGAGGCCAUGCUGCCGAGCGUCUUCUUCGCGCGCGACCGCUACCUCAGGCCCGACGGCCUGCUCGUGCCCAGCCACGCCAGCAUGUGGGUCGCGCCCGUGUCGGAUGGCGAGUACGUGGCCGAGAAUAUCGACUGGUGGCGGGAUGUGUAUGGGUUUGAUAUGCGCGCCAUGCAGGCCGGCAUCUACGCCGAGGCCCGCAUGACCGUCAUGCCCGGGGACGCCGUGUGCGGCGAGGCGCAUGCGUUCCGCAUGCUGGAUCUGCACACGGCCAAGGUGGAGGACCUGGUGUUUGAGGAUAAGUGGCAGACGACGCUGUCGGACAAGGUGGACGCGCUGGAUGGGUUCUUGGUGUGGUUUGAUUGCUUCUUUGGCGAGAGCCGGGAGGAGGUGGUCGAGGCGAGGUUGACGGCGAAGGAGUGGGCUGCCGGAGGAAGGGAGCGCGUGGCGUUCACUACGGGGCCAUUCGAUACCGCAACGCACUGGAGGCAAGGGCUGUACUUGAUUGACAAGACGAAGGCCAAGGAGAUCGAGGUUGGCCCGGGGAAGAAGCUGGCGGGCGAGAUUCGCUACUCUACCCAAGAAGGGCAUGCUCGUGGUCUUGAUAUCAGGGUAACGUGGGGGCUGGAAGGCGGUGACAAACAGGCUCAAACAUGGCAGCUGAACUGAGGGUCAGGUACAAGUAAAUG